AUGGUCAAGAAAUCGAAUGGUAUUGAAAAUCCUACAUUUGUAUUGAAUCACCAAUCAUCUGAAAUAAAUACUAGACAUGGAAUAAUAGUAACAACGAAAUUACAAGGGAUAGACGAAGUAGAUGACGAUGAGGAGGAAGAGGAAGAGGAUAAAAAUAAUUUAGGUUUUGAAAAAUUAUCUGGUGAAGGUCAUCGUAUUGGUUUAUUUGUGUUGAAAAUUCGUCAACGUUUAAGUCAACUGAUUGAAAAAGAAAAAACUAUAGCAAUUUAUGGAUUAAAAUUAAUCUUUAUAAUUGGUUUUAUAAUCUAUUUUGGAUUUGCAAUGAGUAAAAACUAUGGUACACCCGUUUUUCCUAUUCAUGGAAAUAUUUUUCGUGGAAAUUCUGGUUUUGCUUUAUUCUUUUUGGUAAUCUUUACGAUAUUUGUUAUUGCAUGGGAAAAAUUCAUUGGACGUUCUAUUGAACGUUUAUAUCAACAUAUUUCAACAUCAAUUGAAGAAAAUGAAACUUGGAUUACCAUUCGUAAUAUUAUAUAUAGAUUUUCUUGGAUUUGGCAUUGUUUAGUUUUUAUUGCUAUUGCUCUUUAUGUUGGCUUAACAGUAGAAAGAACUCGAAAUUAUAUUUCACUUAUUGGUAUUGUCACAUUGAUUUUACUUGGUACCAUCGGUUCAAAACAUCCCCAUCGAAUUCGCUGGAAAACAAUAUUUUAUUCAUUUGUUAUUCAAUUUCUUUUGGCUGCUGUUGUUAUACGUAGUGAAUAUGGUUUUCAAUUUUUUGAGUUUCUUGGAAAAGAAGUAUCAAAAUUUAUGCAUAAUGCUCAUAGUGGAGCAGUUUUUGUUUUUGGAAAAAAAUAUGAAGAACAUUUUUUUGUAUUUAAAGUUAGUUCAAUAAUUAUUUUUCUUGGAUCUGUAAUUAAUGUACUUUAUUAUUUGGGUGCUAUGCAAUACGUGAUUGGAAAAAUUGCAUGGCUUAUGCAAAAAUGUUUAAAUACAACUGCAGCUGAAUCAAUGAAUGCAGCUGCAAAUAUAUUUGUUGCAAUGAGUGAAGCGCCAUUAAUGAUUAUGCCAUUAAUACCUAAGAUGACAACAUCAGAACUUCAUGCUGUAUUAGUUGGUGGUUUUUCAACAAUGUCAGGGUCUAUUCUUGCUACGUUUAUUUUUUUCGGUGUUCCAGCAAAUCAUUUAAUUGCUGCUAGUGUUAUGGCUGCACCAGGUGCACUUGGAUUUGCAAAACUUUUAUUACCAGAAACACAUCAGUCAAAAACAACUUGGGAAACAGUAAAAAAUACUCCAUUACCAGAACAACAUAAUGUCAUUGAUGCUUUAUUAACUGGAGCAGGACAUACAUUAAAAAUCUGUGGUUUUCUCAUUGCAAAUUUAAUAGCAUUUAUCAGUGUUCUUCAUUUUGCUGAUACAGCUAUCUCAUGGUUGUUUAGUCUUAUUCAUCAUCCAGAAAUAAAUUUUCAAUUUUUACUUGGUUUACUUUUUUAUCCAUUUUCAAUCAUAAUUGGUAUCCCACUUCGUGAUUGCCUUGUGUCAUCCGAACUUAUUGGAAUAAAAAUAAGUUUGAACGAAUUUAUUGCUUAUCAAGAACUUGGCAAAAUACGGCAAUUGCGUAAUGAACUUAUAUUAAAUAAUACAUUUGCAUUAUAUUUAAAUGGUACAUUAACAUUACCAAAUGAUGUUCCUAUGUUAUGGGAUGAUAGUUCACCAAUUAUUUUAACUUAUGCUUUAUGUGGAUUUUCUAAUUUUGGUUCAAUGGGUAUUGCAUUAGCAACACUUGGAGUUUUUGCUCCUACACGAAAACGUGCUUUAACCAAAAUUGCACCACGAGCUUUAAUUGCUGGUAGUAUGGUUUCAUUAAUGACAGCAUCGAUUGCUGGUCUUCUUUAUGAUGCUCAACAUGUAACAAUACCAAGAAUAAAUUCGAAUUCUACAAGUGUAUAG